UUUUUUUUGAAAAUUUUUAAGUGGCAGGCCGGUCAUUAAGUAUUUUUUUGUGAGGGCUAACUUCACAUUCCCUCGUUCCUCUCUACCCGAAACUAUUUUUUUCUCUUGUUAGUGGUUAGUGUUAUGUGAUGAACUUCUGUUCAGAUUUUUUUAGAAUUUGGCCCCCUGAGCCUGUGAUUUUUUGGUCCGUUCCAUUUUGGUUCCUGACUCCAUGGGGGUGGAUAUUUCAAUAUCAUCAGAAGACCAAGAAGAUACUAGCUGGAUUGAUUGCUCAGAAGAAUUAUCCAAAAAUUGUUUUUCACAAUUUGGAGAGCUCCGAAAAUCUGGCCAUUUAACAGAUGUUAUAAUUAAAGUUGAUGGAAGAGAAAUUCCAGCACAUCGAAUUAUUUUAGCUGCAACAAUUCCUUUUUUUAAUGCAAUGUUUACUUGUGAAAUGAUUGAAGCUCAUUCUAAUGUUAUUACUUUACCUAACAUUGAUGCAGACACAAUGGAGUCAAUUUUAAAUUUUGCUUACUCUGGUCGACUCAAAUUUACAUUUAAAAAUAUUGAACGUUUAUUAAGAGCUGCUGAUUAUCUCCAACUUACAAUUCUUUCAAAUCGUUGUGCAGAAAUUUGGAAAUAUCGAAUAAGUGAGAAAAAUGUAUUUUCUAUCAGACGUUUUGCUUUAAUGUAUAAUAUACCUCAAGCUGUAAUCGAUGCAGAUUGUUAUAUUCAACAAAAUUUUUGUUUUAUUUCCAAAACUACAGAAUUUGCUCAAUUAGAUUUUACAACUGUUUUAAAUAUUUUAAAUUGGGAUCAAUUACAUGUUGAUAAUGAAGGAAGGGUGUUUGAAGCUGUUUGUCAUUGGAUUGAAUUUGAUAUUUCUAAUAGACUUGUUUUUGCUCCAAAGUUUGUUUUUUGA